AUGUCUCAAGAUCCAAGCACUUACAAUGGAGGAUCAGCAGUUGCUAUGGUGGGAAAGGAUUGCGUUGCAAUAGCUUCCGAUCUUCGUUUAGGACAACAGUCGCUAGGCCUUUCAAAUGAUUUUGAAAAAAUAUUCCAUUAUGGACAUGUGUUUCUAGGAUUGACCGGAUUGGCCACAGAUGUGAUGUCUGUACACGAAGAUCUUAGAAAGAAGACCAAUUUGUAUAAGAUGAAGGAGCAAAGGGAAAUAGAGCCAGAGAGCUUCGCCAAUUUAAUUUCGAGUUCGUUGUAUAAAAGAAGAUUUGGCCCUUGGUUUGUUGGACCAAUCGUUGCAGGUUUAAAUAGUCACUCGGGAAAACCAUUCAUUUGUGGUUUUGAUUACAUUGGCUGCAUAGAUUUUGCUAAGGAUUUUAUUGUCGCAGGAACAGCCUCUGAACAGCUUUUCGGUAUGUGCGAAUCACUAUAUGAACCCAACUUAGAACCAGAGGAUUUAUUUGAGACUAUAUCACAAGCUUUGCUAAAUGCAGUUGACAGGGAUGCACUUUCUGGAUGGGGAGCUGUUGUUUACGUGAUAACAAAAGAUAAAGUGGUGAAGAGGUUCUUAAAGACACGCCAGGAUUAA